GGCCAACUCGACCCGAUUGAAGCCCAACUCAUUCUGGAGGCUGAGCGUGAAAACCGAUACCUGCAGAUCGAAAACGAUCGUUUGUCCACAGCCAUCACUCAGAAGCGAAUGACUAUACUGGAGGAGAUGCAACUGGCGGAGAAGAAAUUGGCAGGAGAGGCGGCCAAAUGGACCGAAGAGGCGGCUUUGCUGCUGAAGACCAAACAGCAGAUACUGGAGAAGAUCAAGAAGCUGGAGCAUUACAUCACCACAAAGGGAUUG